UUACAAACACACACAACUCCACCAACUCUCUUCUAAACCAGGCCUCUCGUUAUUCUUAGCUUUAAUUGGGUUUCUAACAAUGGGGUCAAAUUCCAUAAACAUUCAGGCAAUAUUGGAUGCAGAAGGAGUUAGGAGCAAAUUGGUCACCCCGAUACCAAAAGAUGGGUUGACUGAUCUUAUGCGGUCAAUUAUUUUGAAAGAAGCCAAGGAAGAACCCUUUUACGUUCUUGAUUUGGGUGUUGUCAUGUCUCGAAUGGAGACGUGGGCCCACAGCCUUCCCAUGAUCCAACCAUUUUAUGCCGUCAAAUGCAAUCCCCACUCUGCUAUGAUUGGAGCGAUGGCUGCUCUCGGAGCCUCUUUCGAUUGUGCGAGUCGGGCUGAGAUUGAGUCCGUUUUGUCACUUGGUAUUUCCCCGAAGAGGAUUGCUUAUGCGAAUCCUUGUAAAGCGGAGUCUCAUAUCAGAUACGCUGCGAGUGUUGGUGUUGAUUUGACCACGUUUGACUCCAUAGACGAAGUUAAGAAGAUCCGAAAGUGGCACCCGAAUACUGCUUUGUUGUUACGGGUCAAAGCUCCGGAUGAUGAGGGAGCCAGGUGCCCAUUGGGAGCUAAAUACGGUGCGCUAGACGAAGAAAUCGAACCACUCCUCCAAGCCGCGCACGACACGGGACUUACCGUCUCUGGCGUUUCUUUCCACAUUGGAAGCGGAGCCACAGAAUCGAUCCCUUAUAGGGUAGCCAUUAAGGCGGCCAAAUCGGCAUUCGAAACCGCGGCUCGGCUCGGUUUGCCUAAAAUGCAUGUUCUGAACAUCGGCGGUGGUUUCACGACUGAAACAUUCGAUGAGGCUGCUUUAACAAUAAAAGCCGGUCUCGUAGAUUAUUUCUCAGAUGUUCCGGACCUGACCGUGAUUGCAGAGCCGGGAAGGUUCUUUGCCGAAUCGGCUUUCACGCUAGCCACCACCAUUAUCGGAAAGCGAGUUCGGGGUGGCGGGUUGAGGGAAUAUUUUAUCAAUGACGGAGUCUACGGGUCCAUGAACUGUAUCUUAUAUGACCACGCGACUGUCACGUGCACUCCUCUUGCGACCUCGUCGAAUCGGGAGUACCCAAAGAGUGAGGAAGAAGUUAGGUAUGGUUCAACGGUGUUUGGUCCCACGUGCGAUGCACUUGAUACAAUCUUGACGGGUUACCUCCUACCGGAACUGGAGGUGAACGACUGGCUUGUGUUCCCCAAUAUGGGUGCCUAUACGGCGGCUGCUGGUUCCAGCUUCAAUGGGUUUAAAACUUCAGAAAUUUUGACCUACCUUGCCUACUCUUCACCGUACUAAGACCGUGCUCGAGCCCUCCAGGCACGACAAUAAACGCACCGUUUUUGUUGAUCUUGACUUUCUUCAUUUUUGGUUCUGUUGACUUGGUCAGGUCCUUGUGUUUGUUUUGUUGUCCUGAAAAAUUGAGCAACAAACUUCAUGUGCUUAGGUAGUCUAAUCAUAAGAUUAAUUUUCUUAGUAUAUUAUUAAUAAUGUAUGAAUCAAUGUUAUUGUAGUAUUCUUGUCAUUCAAUAAAACAAUUGAUUUAUUUUGGAUUUUGGUCAUU